AUGGAACCAUUUGUUAAUAUCUUUUUCGCUAUCGACGAACAACAGAAUGAGACAAUUACAAGAGAUGAACUAAGACGUUAUGUAAAACACAAUCAUUUAGAUGAGGGGAUGAUUACGAGAUGGCAAACACUGUUCGAUCCAACAAAUAGUGGUAUAAUAACAUUUCAAAAAUUUUGUGAUGUCCUUGGUGUAAAACCGGAACAAGCACGUACUCUUCGAAAGAGCGUUAUCAAUAAUAAACCACUACCGAAAGAUUUACAAAUAAUCUCUCAGAAUAUGUCACCAGAAGAUCAAUUACAAAUAUUUGAUUUUGUUCGAUCAUUGUUAGAUAAAAAAUUAUCAGAUCAAGAUAUGACACAAAUGAUCAAACAAUGGCUUGAUAAAACAUUUGAUCCGUCAUGGCAUGUUGUUAUAGUUGAUGGUUCAUAUUGGAUAUCUUAUUCACAUUUGCCUGAACAAUCUUUACAAUUUCGAUUGAAAGAAAAAUGUUACUUAGUUUGGCGUACACCUAAAUAUUGA